AUGCCGCCGGAGGGCAUCGCUCGCAUCGCCGACACCUUGCAGAAGCGGACUUACCAGCCCAAGGAGGACAUCAUCCGGCAGCAUGAGGAGGGCAAGGAGUUCUUCAUCAUGCUCUCGGGCGUGGCACGGGUAUGGGUCCGAACAGGCAACGACGAGCAGGAAUACAAGCGCUACAAGGCGGGAGAUCUCUUCGGAGAGCUCGCGCUGCUGAAGAACGCCCCGCGGGCGGCCUUCGUCUCUGCGGUCACCAGCGUCGAGGUGCUGGCCCUGACCCGGAAGCAGUUCGAAAGGCUUUUCGGGCCAAUGACGGACCUGCAACAACAGCAGUACCUGACGGAUCCCAGGAAGCUCAUUGCAGACUUCUACAUGGCCGGGGACGCUCGAGGACCCCGCGGCAGUCUGAAGCUGCAUCAGUUGGCGCCAGAUGCCAAAGCUCACGGCGAGAGCACCUGGUUUGCGGUGUACCGGCCUACCAGCAAGGACGCCAUUGCCAAGAUGCUGUCUGGGGUCGCGGUGGGCAAAGGCUUGAACGUGAAGGGCAAGUCCGCGAAGAAGGGAGUGCUCUCUGGCUUCGUGCCCUUUAUCCAGAUCUCGGACAACGACCACCGGUCCAUCAUCGAGCAGUCUCCGCGCGAGUCGCGGGUGACUGUCUACUACAAGACCAAGGCCUCGCGGCAGGAGGCGCAGAAGCUCCUCCAGGCGGCCUUGGAAGACACGAGCUUGGACAUCGAGGACCGGUCCCUUCGUCUCGUCGACGACUUCCAGCCCGAGAGUUGGGGCCUGGACCUGCCAGAGCCGCUGAUCCGCGAAAUGUACAUCGUGCGAUCGGACCUGACGCCGGUCAUGGGUUGGGAGACCGGGAGGCGUUCGGAGCCAGCUUUCAUGGACAUGAAUUUGCACGCCAUCCGCGGGAAAUCCGAGCCCCAGGUGGUCCUGUACCAGUACGACGAGAGCGACCCGAUGAAUCCUCGUGGUUUGCUCAUCGCGUAUGCAGAGGCCCACGUGAAGCCGGUGGUUUCGGACUUCGACACCUUCACGGUUGGCAGUCGAGGCAUGCGCUACAGCCAGCUGCCAGCGGAUCAGGCCAAGCUCAUCACGUGGCUGCUGCAACGGACGCAAGAAAUCCUGGGGUCCCUGGACCACAACCCCUGGACUUCUCGGUGGCUGGAGGUCUUGAAGAAGGAGAACGAGAAGGAGGACGGGGUCCACCCAGAGCUGCCCAAGUUCGGCUUCGGGGAUCCCACCUCGUACCAGCUCAUAGCUGACGUCGUGGCAGAGACUGCCCCUUGUGGUGCUGUCCGCCACGGUGCCGAGUGUAGCAACUUCUACUUCCCCCAGGAGCUGGACGACGAGUUCCUGGUGGUUUGGCACGGCUUCAACGAGAUGCAUGGCAAGCCUUGGGAUUACAAGGACGAGUCCAGCCUGCGAGCCUUCCUGCUAGAGCGCAUCGCCGAGGGCUACUCCUUCCCCUUGAACCCGGUCUGGCCCCUGCGGGACAAGGGCUGGUUCGAGGUCUUCCAGGCUUUGAACGCCUCGGAGCAUGGGGCCCAGGACCUUCAGUCCUGGUUCCCAGCCGAGGAGCAAGGAUGCAAAAUCCGAGACGAAGACGAGAAUCCGAGCUCUGAGCCUCCCUCAAUUCGAGUGGCGCUGCGACCCGGCUACUGCCGGCGGCGGCGAAAGGGUCCGAUGCUGUUUGAGCACCUUAUCGACGGCGUGGCACGUGCCCGUGCCGUGCUGGCCAAGGGUGCGAAGUUUCCCUGUUUGAAGGGCGAGACUGCGGAUGUCGCGACGGUGGUGCGAAACUGGUGGGCCUACCCGGCGGUGGGCUUCGGUGCAACUCUGGAGCUCCCGGUGCAGAAGUUCGAAGUCCUCGAUACGGAGAAGACCGAGCUAGGCUCCGUGGUGGUGCCGAACAGCAUCUUCGGCCUGCCGAUUCGAAAGGACCUGAUCUUCAAGGCCUACUGGUAUCACCGCAGGAAGCUGGCCGGGUAUCAGGACACGAUGCAGCUCUACAAGUGGGAAUGGCCCGGGGCCAACAAGAAGUUUCGCACUCAGAAGAAGCAGGGCAAGGGCCGCAUGGGCCGGCGAAAGGCCCCCGGGAGGUUUGAGGGCUCCCAUUGCCAUGCCUUGCGGCCUCGCGACUGGGGUCGGAAGAAGAUGAACGCCCGAGCUCUUUGGCAGGCGAGGAGCCUGGCAGCAGGGCAGGAGCAGGAAGAGCUUUCUGCGGCUUCUUCCGAGGCCGUGCGAUGCAUGCUCUCGGUGAAGUUCGUGCAGAACUCCAUAAAGGUGGUAGACUCCUUCAACUUGCAAAGCCACAAGACCAAGCACCUCGUGCAGCACCUCCGUCGUUUGCUGGGCCGCAGGUGUCACAGCGCCCUGUUGGUGCACGAAGGCCACAUCGACGUGAACGACAACUGCCGCUGGGCCUCGGCACACGUGCCGGCCAUCCGGCGAGGCUUGAGCGUCUACAACCUCCUCAAGUAUCACCAGGUAGUGAUCACAGAGGCGGCGUUGACUAAGCUGCUGAAGGAGAUCUUUCUCUUUCCACGUCGCCGGGGGUGGGCACAGCGCUUUGCCACGCCCGACCAGCGCCCUGCGCCGGUUCCUUCGAAGGUGCCGGGCUGGAACCGCGCCUGGGUGGAGAGAAAGGAGCGCCAGAGCCAGCUGCACCUCCACACUCCGCGAUUCCCUUCCGCGUUCAGUUCCGCAACUCAACGCGAUCCUGCGAGCGAGGAGCGCCUGAGAAAUUCCGAGUUCCGGGCCCGGGAGUUCUUCCAGGCAGAGGGGUCUUCCAACAUGGACAUGGACAUAUGUUCUUACACAUGCAUGAUACGACGUGUGUAUGUAUGUAAACACCAAAAACUACCGCGAGGUGCCACGCUACCGCACCAAUCCUCCUACAUUUAG